ACCCUGGAAAAAACCUGUAGAGGAAUGUAGCAAUACAUGUGCGGGUUAAAAAUAGCCAGGUAUGCUUUGUCCAUUGGCUGUAUCCGUGCAUGAAAGGAUCUGGGAAAUUGGGGCCCUAGGUCAGUAUUCAGUCAGUGCGGUCUGUGUACGUGUCAGUGGCAAGACACAGAUGUAACUACAGGAGUUGUAGCCUUGUGUUCUGAGUUCCCACGUCUGCAGGUUGCUCUGUAGUGAUCAGGAGAAGUCUACACCUUCUUCGAUCUUUCUACUAGAUGCCGCAGAUGUUUUCCUGUUCAGAGCAGCAGCAAAAUAAAGAUACUGAAAACGAGAAAGAGCAAAAACUUUUCGCAACUCCGGCAUUACAUACUGACACUUCCAGAUUUGUGUGCUGAGUCAUUCACACGCAUAUUAUUUGUUCGUCCAUCGUUUAAGAUGAGUGACAUUGAUUGGGAAGCAGUAAAUGAUUCUAAAAAAGCUUUUUUAAUUAUAUUCCUCAUUGGCAUAACACUAGCGAAUUGUGGAUUGUCCUUAUGUAUUAUAAGAAAAUGGAACGCUUUGCCCAAGCUACAACGUGGUUUGUUGGGGACGUUCGUUGUUGCGGAUUUCCUUUUAGCUUUGGUCUGUCUAGUAAUCGAAACGAUGAUUGCAUUUGACGAUCAGUUUAAAAAAGAUAUCUGUUUACUUUUUGUUUUUGUUCGUAGCUAUAUGUUUCAAUUUAUGCCGUUCGGAUACUGCACAGGGCUGAUUCUUCUGGCAAUAGAAAUUCUUACUCGGAAGAGAAUCUAUUCGUGCAGCGAGAGUACAGUUACUGUUUUGUCAUUGCUUUUCGCUUUUGUACCGUGGGCUCUGUCUUCACUCAUAGUUUUCCCUAUUUCUUUCGCUGGUGUUCAUUAUGAGGUAUUUUGCCAUGCAAUCGAGAUGCCUCUGUCUAGGAGGAAAGCUCUGAAUUCCAUCACUAACCUCCUUCUCCCAUUCCUGGCCUUGUUGUUUUCAGCGGUGACCCUGUUGGUAUUGCGUUCAAAUUCCAAUAAUAGGAGCCUGUUGACUGGAGGAGGUAUUCCCCAGACAUUACCUCGUCAGGGGGGAGAACUCAUUAGCUUGCAACAUGCAGUUACAAACAACGUCAGAGCUGAAAAGGGACAAACGACUAGGAAAAUUAACAAUGGAUAUGAUAAAAAGGGGAUCCCAGAAACCACGCCAGAAACAUUUCAAGAAAAUCAUAUGACAGUGGACAUCCCUUCCACUAAUGUGGCAGGUGCGUAUUUGGUGAGGCAUUCUGCGCCCACAAAUUCCCAUACAAUUCCAAACUCACCCGGUUUCAGUAGCCCCUGCGGUCCGCCAGCGACAGUGCCUCACGACCCCUCCUUGUUGACCCACGGUCCACCCACUGCAAGCCUGUACAGCGUACACUCGGCCGCUCCUGUGUGUGUGACUUCAUCAAAUGUUUCACAUUUAUCACACACCCCACCCCAAGGAAAUGUUGACACGAACCUGACUAAAGAGGCGCUUUUUCUCUUCAUGGUCUCGCUCGCAUGUUUUGUGUUUAUUAUCCCUUCGGGUAUCUUUGCGCUUGUGUUCUUCGAAAAAGGCCAAUAUUUUUUGGACGAAGUUGUAUUUCAUUCUUUAGAUUUGGGCACACUAUGGUGGUUUUUACUUAAAGACAUCGUCUGUGCUGUUAUUUGGAUGGUAGGUAUGAGCAUUUAAACGUUUUUGCCUUUUGGCAAACUACCAGAACCAGACAAUUAGAGCAGCCACUUCCUAAGACUUGUUGACAUCACAUAGAAGAAACUGAGUGCCCUCCCUUUUCAUCUUCACUUCCGUCAUAUGAUCCUAAAGGAAGAUAAUAUGGUUAUUACAUGUACAUGGUAACCAGCAGGGUUAUCCUAUUAUUGUAUUCCGGUCUUCGUUAGCUCUUUUGACUUUAUUGAUGUUCAUGCGCUAGAUUUGGCGAUGUGGUCAAUGUGAAAGUCUGCUGGGUCUGCAUCUUCCUUUUUGUCUUUGUGAGUUCAGCCUCACAAUACUUUCUAGCAUAAGUCGAAGACAUGAUUUUUUCGUGGGUGGGGGCUGGAGUGUGACCUUGAGCAGGACACGAUAAUUUGUGAGGCAGCUUGGUGAAAUCAGGUGCUCUUCAAAAUAAUGAAUAAGAAGAAACUUGCAUUU